AUCCCAUUGGCCACUGGUCCGAGCUGUUCUCGGACACUCAUUGCGGUCCCUGUGAAAGAAAAGAUGUUUCCCUGCGAAAACGUAAGAAGAGGUCGGCACAAGUGAUCUGUUUGCCAUGGCCAAAUCCACACGAACACCACUACUCUUAUCGUCCAACUCUCUAUCCAAAUCUCAGAGAAAGCAACACAUCCUCAUCAUCCCAUGGCUGGCAAACUUGACGGUGGCCAUCCUCACUGUCUCGCUGUUCACGCGCUGUGGCCGGGCGUGGGGCUACUGCCGAAGCGCCUCGAUUGCGUACAAGCAGGCAACAGGGGGUGGCGAUCGUCGCACUUGGACGAGAACAUUUUGUCAAACACCUAGAAGACGUGUGACAAGCUGAUCCUGUCGCCUUGAAAGUGCGAUGGGGUUUUGGGUAGACAUCAUUGCCGUUGCAGCGAUCGGCGUCGGUUUCGGUUAACCCGGAUCGAACCCCAGACGAGCAGAGCCAAUGUGUCAAGCUCGAACGCCUUGUUGAACGUCGCACGGUCUUCAACGCACACGUAAAUAGCGCGCGACAGAGAGAGAGAGACGGCGCACUGGGUGAAGGCUGAUGCCUCCGAUUUCGGUGGGAAUGAUUCGUUGCUCGAAGGUAAUCGAUUGCCCGUCUCCUUCUUCUUCGCUCCUUCGCCGGUUCGUCUCUAUGCGCUUGAGAAUCUUCUCACGCUCCCAUGGCUGCACUGGCCAUACAGCGGUCAGCAUGGUCGUUGGGAUUCUUGGGUACCUUAAACCUCCUCUCUUGUCGAGAUGCUGCGCUUCCGCUGAUAAAUUUGUGCCCUUACAUGUCAUAAAUUGGGAGAAAUUCUGUUGCAUCUUCUUGAUCUUGGUCGUUGAUUUAUAAUGAUAACUUGAAUCUUUGCUGGCUAUCUCACUCUAUGUCCAGAAGGAGAUGUGGAGGAGAGGGUGGAACGCAAGAAAGCAAAGGUGAAACUCUAAAAGUGGUAGCUACAAAGAGAUGAAUAAUGGAGGAAUAGAUAGUUAAAAAGAUUAGGGUUUAUGAAGUUCUACAUCUUGUUGGAAUUGGGUUUGACGUUCUUGUCCUACCAAAUGUCUUCUUUCCUCAGCAUCCUCUUAAUAUUUAUCUCUUUCGGCUUGUGUAACUUAUAAUUAAGCUGACUGCUUCUAAUGUGUUGCUGAUAUAUUUUUUGCCAUCUGUGUAUGUGAUAGUCCUUGAACUUGUCACUAAUUUAGAAUAGGUAGGACAAUUGGUAGACUUACAUUUUGAUGCUUCUUUUAGUCCUUGAGAGAUGUUUGUCGAUGUAUUAUGAGAUUACCUGGAUCUAUCUGUGGGAUAGUUGCUGCUCUAUUGAUUCACUUUGCCUUCUAAUCAGAGUUGUAGAGUAUAAUUGCAUACAAGAUGGGUUAUCUCCAUCUGUAAUUGUUUCUUAUAUUGCAUACUCUGCUUUCUCGGUAUGUUCAUAUUGUCUGUAUUCCUUUUAUGUGGCUUGUUUUUGCAAGAAUAACUUUUAUGUAGCUCUGUAUAAACUAGUAUUAGUAAUUUCUGCUUUUUCGACUUGUAUAGAAUAAAUUAUGGUUUACUCCUGAAUGUAAUGGUAGCGGUCUUGAUGGGCAAAUAGAGGCCAGUUCCAGAGUGUUCCAAGUUGCUGUUGCAAUUGGCCGCAACAUGCUUUCUCUCUCUGUUUAUAUUGUUGUUGGAGCUAGGCUAUUAAGCUGUACAUCAAUUCAAAUAGCUUGCUCUUUUCAAUUACUUUUCAAGUUUCAAAUAGCUUUGUUGGAGCUAUGCUUUGUAAAUGUCAUCAGAGAACUAUGCAAAAUUUCUGUGAUGCUUUUAAACCAGAACGAACAAUCUCUUGAAUUGUCAUCAAGCCUGGCUGGAGAAUCAUGUUCUACCAGGGAUUAUUCACAUACAUCCAGGUACUUUUAAUCUUUAUUAGAUGAGUUCUUGUUGACAUUUCUUCUAUAUGUGGGGUUAAGUUACUGGUUUGGAAUAUUUAGUACUUCUUGACCAUUAAAAGAUCAAGCACAAGUUCAAUCCAGCUGUAGUAGUAGUUCAUCAUCUGCAAGUUCUUUUCUUAAUUAGCCACUUCCACUUGUUCCUUAACUAGAAUUUUGUGGUUCUUUUUCCUAUUUGGCUAAAACUUCAGGAUAUCGAAAUAGUACUUAUAGCUGGUGUCUUGAUAACAGUACCAUUCUGCAAGGUCUAGAAUUUUUUUCUUCUUUGCAUUAAUGACCUAAGAUGUAUCUGAGUACUGAAAAUUCUGGCUUCAGAUCAGAUGCACCUAUUAUAUUGUAUGCAUAUAACUGCUAUUUGUUUCCUUUUUACUUUUUCUUGUGGUUAUCCUGUAUCCAGAUUAUGCUCGUUGUAAGGAUCUGCUAGUCAGGUGCUCUAUUUUUACACUUCUUAAACCAUCAAAUCUCUUUAGUUUAUCAUCAGAUUUUUGUUUUUUUUAUAUAUUUGUAAAUCUGAUUGAGCAGAUUCUCCAUGAAGCCAUGGUAUUGCAAACUUAGGCGGAUAAAACCUGAAAGACGAUCCACCUGCUGAAUAUUGAUCACUCUUUAAAAUGGAAGAGGAUAUCUUAUAUCUGUUAUGUCAUCAACCACAGCAGAUCUCACCCAUCAGAAGGAACCAUCUUUUUUCUAUCUGAAAGUGCUUCCCAGUUACCUGUUGACUGGGAUGUUAUAGUUACGCUGUUUCCAGUGUGAUCUAUCUAUAAAUUCUCGGAUGUACAUGGACAACACUCCCAAGCUACUGGAUGUGUACAAGUACUUGGAAGUUAGGUCUGCCACUACCGCAUAAAUGAGAGAGUGGGGGCCUCUGAAUGCGAGCUGGAACCAGUUCCCUCCCACUGGAUUCUGUCGCUCUACAAAGUGGCAGAUUGAAGCAAAGUCCAAAGCAAGGCAUGACAGGGAGAUGAGAAAGCAGAGAGGGGCCGAGGGGAGCAACUGAGGUGUCAAAUCACGGAUCAGCUGCAACCACAGUGGCUACUGUUUUGGCUACCCCGUCUCUGCCAUGGAGGAAGAGAUGAUGCAACGGCGAUGGCAGACGAGACGCCCCUGGCAACAUCUCUUUAUCUCGCCAUGUUCGCCCAUUAUGAACCUCAUUUACUGCUCGUGAAAUAAUUGGCCAUGCUUUUUCUCACCUACAAUGGUGAGAAAUAAUCUUCGAGACUGGACCGGUAGAUGGAGACCGUCGUGCGCAUGCACGUUUGCGCCCUGUUCAAGAAUGCAAUCUGAAACAUGCUGAUGGAUGGACGCAGAAGAAGAAGAAGAGCACAGUAGAUUAAAGUUAAAAGAGGCCUCUCUGCGACGUGAUGAAUAAUUGUCCGUGAGCCGGCUGAGUCUGCCACCAGUGUCUCCAGCUCAGGUCAUUCAUGGCAGCCAUAGGCAAACUGUAUCUGGGCUGAUCAGAUCCAGCUCUUAUCCCCUUGGAUUGACGACUUGGACCACAUGAACAUGAGAGUCAUGUGUGCAAUGAGUGCAGAUACUGAUGUCGCUACUGCAGGUCAAAGGGUUCCGGUUCAAUAAAGAAAUACCAAUCAUGGAGCCAUGGAACCUGCAUCGGCUGAUUGAAUUCGACGUCUUCAGAAAUGGUUUCUGCUCGAGCGAAAGGGGGGGUUCCAAGACUCAUAAUAGAGACAGGGACCAGUCCUUUUGAGACCCACUGCAAGUACUACUGUCUCACCAGCUGUUGCACUCUGGUAGUCGCAAGGUUCAGCAAGCAGUGGCUUCCUUCAGCCACCUCCUGGCUUGCUCUUCCCGAGGCUUGUCGCCUUUUUGAUAAAGACAACAGGUGUCUUCUCUCUUUCUCUGUCUCAUGCUCCUCUCUCUCUCCUCCUCCUCAUCCUCAUUAUUAUUAUUAUUAUAUAUUAUUGUAUCAGUCAUCACUUGCCAAACUAUAUCUUCUCACCUCAUCAAUGUGUGUUUGUGGAUCUUUGUCUGCUGCCUGUCCUUGUCGUUAACUCCAUGUGAGACAGCUCUUCUCAGCCAGUAGUUGUGUGUUUUACAGUGUGAGGAGGAGGAGAGGAGGAGGAGGUUAAGGUAACUUCGCUUUCCAAGAAAAAGGAAGCAGAUUUGUCACAGACCUCUCCCGUAGAGACAGAUCCUCCUCUCAGUUCUUGCAGUAAACCUACCUCCAAUAAACCUCUCCUAACCUCCUCAUCCCACCGAACAACCCAAGACCAGGAGCCACUAUAAAGUGCAACCACCGAAGGAGAUCGAGUGGAGGCAGCGCCAUUUCCUUCUUCCUGACUCCUUUGUGUGGCUUCAUGGAUUCCCAUCGAUGGAGUGAGCGGCAGCAGACGGACCGGCAGCCUUGUGCAGGGCUCCCAAAACUCCACCUCCUGGAUCAGCAGCAACCACCUGCCUCUGCUCUCAGUCUCUUUGCACCCGAGCCCUGCAGCGGCUUCCAUAAGACCACCACCACCAUCGCCACCCCUUCACUCUCUUCAUUCCCAAGGAUAGGUUAUUUCACUCUGGCACAGUGGCAGGAGCUGGAGUUGCAAGCUUUGAUCUACAAGUAUAUGAUAGCUGGGGUUUCUGUUCCUUUGGAACUUAUUCUGCCCAUCAAAAGGAGCCUUCUCAGUGCAUCCCCAUACUACCACCAUCCUGAGCUCUACCAGCAUCUCCAACCAUCUUUGAUGCAGGGAGUGUCCUGGGGGAGAUGUUCUGUGGACCCUGAGCCUGGGAGAUGCAGGAGAACAGAUGGAAAGAAGUGGAGAUGCUCAAGAGAAGUGGUGGUAGGUCAAAAGUACUGCGAGCGUCAUGUGCAUCGAGGCCGAAACCGUUCAAGAAAGCAUGUGGAAAUCCCCACACCGACUUCCCUCAAUGGCUUGAAAACUGGCGUUUCUUCUCCUCCUCCAGAAUGUGCCCAACACAACCAUUUCGAUCUAUCUGGAUCUCGUGACAUCCUUCCUCUUAGUCAGAGACACCCAGACACAAGAACAGUAACAGUUGGAAGGAGCUUCCAGAGCAACUGUUCAAACUUCUUCCUUAAGGAGCUGCAAGACAGCAAACCCGAAGGCUAUGUGCUACAGAGGUUCUUUGAUGAAUGGCCGAGAUCACAGCAAGAGUCGGACGACGGGCUUAACUACACCAGUCAUCCACCUUCGACUACCCAUCUCUCUAUGUCACUCCCCGGCAACCCAUCCUCGGAUUUCUCCCUGAAACUUUCCACAGGCAAUAACGGUGAGAAGCAGAGACCCGAGGAGGGCAGCAGCAACGGCGGGGAGGACGGUCGGGUGGUCCGACCUAGCAACAACUGGUCGGGAUGGGGCCACCAUGGGGAGGAGGCUUCCAUGGGUGGCCCGCUGGCUGAAGCGCUGCGGUCUGCAGCCUCGACGCAGUCGCCGACCAGCGUCUUGCACAAGCCAAAUGGGUCGGUAUCCGAGACCAGUAGCAUUAGCCCAUGAUAAACUAGUCUUAGGUGGUAGUGUUUGUUGAACCAAUGACUAUGAAUUAUUUUAUUUGCCUUGAAAGCUAGCUGACAUCAGACUAGUCUUUGUUCGCUGUAACAUAUAUGGUAUCCCUCUUGAGAGUCGGGGUCUGCAUGCAAUUAAAGUUGAUGACCUUCUGGGUGUUCUUGUUA